CAAAGUAUUUAGGAUAUGAGCUCUGCAGAGGACGAGCAGUGCGCUUCAUGGAUGGCUAAAGCGAAGGCGGUCUGAGAGAGGAGCGGAUGAGAGCGCUACUGAAAGUCUUUUGAAUAUGUCUGAAAAGAGACCAGGAAAAGGCCGGAGGAUGGGGUCUUCACGUAAACAGACCAGGGGUAACAGAAUACAGAGAGAGGAAGGGAAACCAGAGGGCAUUGAGGGGCUGGUGGAGGAGGACGGCUUGACAUAUACUGGAGUGAAAGAAGGGGGAGGGGCAGAUGAAGCCACUCCCCACAAACCAGCCAAGCACGAAUCAAAACUCUUAUUGCCAUCCAUGGAGAUCGACCCAUCACAUGAAUCUUCCACCUCUGCCCAUCUCCAGCAGUCAGACAGCCUAGUCCAAACAAGUGUCGAACCAGCUCUCAUCACUGAAGCCAAAGAUCUGGUGCAUUAUGAAGAGCCUGUAGGCUCAUCUAUAAAUGACAUUCAGCAGUCACAAACACAGAUGGAAUGUCGAACAGAAUUUAAGAGUCCAGUUGCCCUAACUCACCUAUAUGAGUCAGAAAAGAUUGUGUCUACUAAGGGACAUGAAAAUCCAAUCUGUAGUCGAAACCCAGAAUCUGAAAACACUCUACCUCUUGAAACAGUUGAGAAAUCAAGAGUAAACGUAAACUCAAGUCCAGAAGAAGCAUCUGAAAACACAGGAGAAUGUCUGCGUGUGGAUGAAGUUCAGGACACAUCUGUCCCAAUCCCUGACAGAAGAGAAAAGAGAAGGAAGAUGGGUUCCACUCGCAAAAGCUCCCGCAGGGCUGAGGUACAGACAGAGACAGGUGAGGAAGAAGAUGUCAUCACGGGGCAGGAGAGAGAGGAAGGAAAAGACUCAUCACUGGUGGAAGAAGAGUUAGGCUCUGAGAUAACAGCAACAUCUGGAGAAAUACAAACUGAAAAACAGGAUGAAAAAAGGAUCCAUCAAAACACAGAUCAAGACAAGGAAAAUGAGAGACAGGUGGGAGACAGAAAAACUUCAGGCAUUUCCACUCGCCCCCCUGAGAUAUCAGAUGAUUCUGAACAAGCUGAACAUUCGACCUUUUCAGUGGAGAAGGAGAGGGAGGACAAGGAGGAAAGCAAUGAAGAAAGGGAGAUAGAACAAGUUGGAACAUAUCACACACCUGACAUCUCAGAUUAUUCUGACCAAGCAGAGCAUUCCACAUUUGUAAACGAGGAGUUACAUACAGACACACCGCUGACCUUUGGGAGAACAGAGGGUGUGGGGCAAAGUGAAGCAGAAAGUACAAAGCAUGAGAAUACGUUUGAAGACACUGUCAUUUUGGACCAACUGAACCAAUCAGAGGACAGUCGGCUCACAGAAAAAGAUUCAGCGCUCAGUGUAAUGCUGACUGACACUCAGCAGAGGAGUCCGGAAUUGGAAGACCACAGUCAACAGAGUGAGGAGGGAGAGACGAGGAAUGUAGAAGAGAAUUCUCCUGGUGAAGACAGUAAGGGAGAUGUGCUCUUUACUCUGGCAGAGGAGAGUGGGAAUGAGAAAAUCAAAGAGAAUAAGGAGAAAGAGGAAGAGAGGAACUCUGAAAACGGUCAGACUGUUAUCAGUGAUGGUCAGUCCCCUACAUUACUGGAGCAAAAUCAGGACUUUACCACUGCUGAACAAGAGCAGACUGUGAAGCUGCAAGACACACAGCUGCCCUUAGUGGUGGAGAACAUACCUUUCAGUGGUGAAGGUGAAAUCAAUGUACAGGAAGGAGAAGGGCACCAAGGAGAAAGUAUUGAGAGGGGCAUACAACCAGAUGCAAAAGACAGACCUGCAGACACCAUGGAGUAUGAGGACACCACUCUGGCCCAGGAGACAGCUCUUCCAGUCCCUGCCAGAAGAGAAAGGAGAAGGAAGAUGGGGUCCACUCGUAAAAGCUCCCGCAGGGCUGAGGUGCAGACAGACAGAGGUGAGGAAGAAGAUGUUGUCAUGGGGCAGGAGAGAGAGGAAGGAGAAGAGUCAUCACUGGUGGAAGAAGAGUUAGGCUCUGAGAUAACAGCAACAACCGGAGAAAUACAAACUGAGAAACAGGACGAAAAAAGGAUCCAUCUCAUCGCAGAUGAAGAGAAGGAAAUGGAGUACCAGGUAGGAGACAGAGAAAGUUCUGGGAUUUCUGCUCAUACACCAGAGCCCUCAGAGUUUUCUGAACAAGCUGAACAUUCUACCUUUUCAGUGGAGAAGGAGAGGGAGGACAAGGAGGAAAGCAAUGAAGAAAGGGAGAUGGAACAAGUUGGAACAUAUCACACACCUGACAUCUCAGAUUAUUCUGACCAAGCAGAGCAUUCCACAUUUGUAAACGAGGAGUUACAUACAGACACACCGCUGACCUUUGGGAGAACAGAGGGUGUGGGGCAAAGUGAAGCAGAAAGUACAAAGCAUGAGAAUACGUUUGAAGACACUGUCAUUUUGGACCAACUGAACCAAUCAGAGGACAGUCGGCUCACAGAAAAAGAUUCAGCGCUCAGUGUAAUGCUGACUGACACCCAGCAGAGGAGUCUGGAAUUGGAAGACCACAGUCAACAGAGUGAGGAGGGAGAGACAAGGAAUGUAGAAGAGAAUUCUCCUGGUGAAGACAGUAAGGGAGAUGUGCUCUUUACUGUGGCAGAGGAGAGUGGGAAUGAGAAAAUCAAAGAGAAUAAGGAGAAAGAGGAAGAGAGGAACUCUGAAAACGGUCAAACUGUUAUCAGUGAUGGUCAGUCCCCUACAUUACUGGAGCAAAAUCAGGACUUUACCACUGCUGAACAAGAGCAGACUGUGAAGCUGCAAGACACACAGCUGCCCUUAGUGGUGGAGAACAUACCUUUCAGUGGUGAAGGUGAAAUCAAUGUACAGGAAGGAGAAGGGCACCAAGGAGAAAGUGCUGAGACGGGCAUACAACCAGAUGCAAAAGACAGAUCUACAGACACCAUGGAGUAUGAGGACACCACUGCACCCCAGGAGACAGCUCUUCCAGUCCCUGCCAGAAGAGAAAGGAGAAGGAAGAUGGGGUCCACUCGUAAAAGCUCCCGCAGGGCUGAGGUGCAGACAGACAGAGGUGAGGAAGAAGAUGUCGUCAUGGGGCAGGAGAGAGAGGAAGGAGAAGAGUCAUCACUGGUCGAAGAAGAGUUAGGCUCUGAGAUAACAGCAACAUCUGGAGAAAUACAAACUGAGAAACAAGAUGACAAAAGGAUUCAUCAAAACACAGAUCAAGACAAGGAAAAUGAUGAGAGCCAGGUGGGAGACAGGAAAACUUCAGGCAUUUCCACUUACCCCACUGAGGUAUCAGAUGAGAACAUGCCUGUCAGAUGUGAAGGUGAAAUCAAUGUACAGGAAGGAGAAGGGCACCAAGGAGAAAGUAUUGAGAGGGGCAUACAACCAGAUGCAAAAGAUAGAUCUGCAGAAACUAUGGAGUAUGAGGACACCACUCUGGCCCAGGAGACAGCUCUUCCAGUCCCUGCCAGAAGAGAAAGGAGAAGGAAGAUGGGGUCUACUCGUAAAACCUCCCGCAGGGCUGAGGUGCAGGCAGACAGAGGUGAGGAAGAAGAUGUCGUCAUGGGGCAGGAGAGAGAGGAAGGAGAAGAGUCAUCACUUUUAGAAGACAAGUUAGGCUCAGAGACAGGUGCACCAUCAGGAGAACUGCAAGCAGAAAAACAGAAAGAAAAGAGGAUCCAUCUCAUCGCAGAUGAAGAGAAGGAAAUGGAGUACCAGGUAGGAGACAGAGAAAGUUCUGGGAUUUCUGCUCAUACACCAGAGCCCUCAGAGUUUUCUGAACAAGCUGAACAUUCUACCUUUUCAGUGGAAAACGAGAGGGAAGACAAAGAGGAGAGCAAAGAAGAAAGAGAGAUGGAAAAAUUUGGAACAUAUCACACACCUGACAUCUCAGCUUAUUCUGACCAAGCAGAGCAUUCCCCAUUUGUGAAGGAGGAAUUACAUACAGACACACCGCUGACCUUUGGGAGAACAGAGAAUGUGGGGCAAAGUGAAGCAGAAAGUACAAAGCAUGAGAAUAUGUUUGAAGACACUGUCAUUUUGGACCAACUGAACCAAUCAGAGGACAGUCUGCUCACAGAAAAAGAUUCAGCGCUCAGUGUAAUGCUGACUGUCACUCAGCAGAGGAGUCUGGAAUUGGAAGACCACAGUCAACAGAGUGAGGAGGGAGAGACGAGGAAUGUAGAAGAGAAUUCUCCUGGUGAAGACAGUAAGGGAGAUGUGCUCUUUACUCCGGGAGAGGAGAGUGGGAAUGAGAAAAUCAAAGAGAAUAAGGAGAAAGAGGAAGAGAGGAACUCUGAAAACAGUCAUAUUGUUGUCAGUGAUAUCCAUUCCCCUACAUUACUGGAGCAAACCCAGAACUUUACCACUGCUGAGCAGGUACAGACUGUGAAGCUGCAAGACACACAGCUGCCCUUAGUGGUGGAGAACAUUCCUGUCAGAUGUGAUGGUGAACUCAAUGUACAGGAAGGAGAAGGGCACCAAGGAGAAAGUGUUGAGAGGCGCAUACAACCAGAUUCGAAAGACAGAUCUGCAGACACCAUGGAGUACAAGGACACCACCCUACCCCGGGAGACCGCUCUUCCAGUCCCUGCCAGAAGAGAAAGGAGAAGGAAGAUGGGGUCCACUCGUAAAAGCUCCCGCAGGGCUGAGGUGCAGACAGAGAGAGGUGAGGAAGAAGAUGUCGUCAUGGGGCAGGAGGGAGAGGAAGGAGAAGAGUCAUCACUGGUGGAAGAAGAGUUAGGCUCUGAGAUAACAGCAACAUCUGGAGAAAUACAAACUGAGAAACAGGAUGACAAAAGGAUUCAUCAAAACACAGAUCAAGACAAGGAAAAUGAUGAGAGCCAGGUGGGAGACAGGAAAACUUCUGGCAUUUCCACUUACUCCACUGAGGUAUCAGAUGAGAACAUGCCUGUCAGAUGUGAAGGUGAAAUCAAUGUACAGGAAGGAGAAGGGCACCAAGGAGAAAGUGUUGAGAGGGGCAUACAACCAGAUUCGAAAGACAGAUCUGCAGACACCAUGGAGUACAAGGACACCACCCUACCCCAGGAGACAGCUCUUCCAGUCCCUGCCAAAACAGAAAGGAGAAGGAAGUUGGGGUCCACUCGUAAAAGCACCCGCAGAGCUGAGGUGCAAACAGAAAAAGGUGAGGAAGAGGAUGUCAUGAGGAAAGAGAAUUCAUCACUGUUAGAAGACAAAUUGGGCUUGGAGACAGCUGCACCAUCAGGAGAACUGCAAGUAGAACAACAGAAGGAAAAGAAGAUCCAUCUCACAACAAAUCAAGAGAAGGGAAUGGAGUACCAGGUAGGAGACAGAGAAAGUUCUGGAAUUUCCGCUCAUACACCCGAGCCCUCAGAGGUUUCUCAACAAGCUGAACAUUCCACCUUUUCAGUUGAGAAGGAGAGGGAGGACAAGGAUAAGAGCAAAGAAGAAAGAGAGAUGGAAAAAUUUGGAACAUAUCACACACCUGACAUUUUAGAUUAUUCUGACCAAGCAGAGCAUUCCACAUUUGUAAAGGAGGAGUUACAUACAGACACACCGCUGACUUUUGGGAGAACAGAGAAUGUGGGGCAAAGUGAAGCAGAAGGUACAAAGCAUGAAAAUAUGUUUGAAGGCGCUGUCUUUUUGUACCAACAGAACCAAUCAGAGGAUAGUCUACUCACAGCAAAAGAUUCAGACUGCAAAGCUUCGCAGAAUUUUGUUAGUGAUAACUAUUCACCUGCAAUAUUGGAGCAAAUCCAGGACUUUACCACUGCUGAACAAGAGCAGACUGUGAAGCUGCAAGACACACAGCUGCCCUUAGUGGUGGAGAACAUACCUUUCAGUGGUGAAGGUGAAAUCAAUGUACAGGAAGGAGAAGGGCACCAAGGAGAAAGAAUUGAGAGGGGCAUACAACCAGAUGCAAAAGACAGACCUGCAGACACCUUGGAGUACGAGGACACCACCCUACCCCAGGAGACAUCUCUUCCAGUCCCUGCCAGAAGAGAAAGGAGAAGGAAGAUGGGGUCUACUCGUAAAAGCUCCCGCAGGGCUGAGGUGCAGGCAGACAGAGGUGAGGAAGAAGAUGUCGUCAUGGGGCAGGAGAGAGAGGAAGGAGAAGAGUCAUCACUGGUGGAAGAAGAGUUGGGCUCUGAGAUAACAGCAACAUCCAGAGAAAUACAAACUGAGAAACAGGAUGACAAAAGGAUUCAUCAAAACACAGAUCAAGACAAGGAAUAUGAUGAGAGCCAGGUGGGAGACAGUAAAACUUCAGGCAUUUCCACUUACCCCACUGAGGUAUCAGAUGAAAACAUGUCUGUCAGAUGUGAGGGUAAGAUCAGUGUACAGGAAGAAGAAGGACACCAAGGACAAAGUGAUAAAAGGGGAGCAGAAGCAAUAGAUAAAUCUGCAGACAUAAUGAUGUCCCAGAACACCUCCCUACCCCAGGACACAUCUCUCCCAGUCCCUAACAGAAGAGAAAGGAGAAGGAAAUUGGGGUCCACUCGUAAAAGCUCUCGCAAGGCUGAGGCGCAGACAGAGACAGGUGAGGAAGAGGAUGUCAUGGGGCAGGAGAGAGAGGAAGAUAAAGAGUCAUCACUGUUAGAUAAGGGCUUGGGCUCUGAGAUAGCUGCACCCUCAGACGAAAUGCAUGCAGAAAAACUGAAGGAAAUGAAUAUCCAUCAAGCCACUGAACAUUCCACCUUUUCAGUGGAGAAGGAGAGGUCAAAUAAGGAGGAGAGAGAAGAAAGGGAGAUGGAACAAGUUGGAAUGUAUCACACACCUGAUAUCUCAAAUUAUUCUGCCCAAGUAGAACACUCCUUUGAAAAGGAAUUAGCGUCAAUUUCAAACACUCAGACAAACCUAGGCUGGGGAGAGAGUGUAGGGUUCAGUGUAACAGAAAGCACAAAGUAUGAGAACUUGAUUGAAGACACCAAAUGGAGGAGUCAUCCAGACCACACUCAACAGCUUUGCCAGACAAAAAACGUUGUACAUCAUUCUGCAGAUGAGCAUGAUUCUUCUGCUGUACCACACCGGAGGAGGAAGAUGGGUUCAACUCGCAAAGGCCUCCUACGUUCAGCCAAUCAAGGAGAGGGGGAACAAUUAAGAGAACAGAGGGAGAAAACAGAGGGAGAGAAAGGUGAAAUGGGAGAAAUGUUAGAGGGAAAUGAUGUGAAUGAUACACAUAAAGAAGAAAAAGGGAUAGAUAAGGAUGAGGCAUUGGAGAGAGAAAUCAUGAGUUCAGUUCAGUCACCUCCAUUUUUAGAGCCUCCUGAAAGUUCUGCCGUUGCUGGAAAGCAGGAUAAGGCAAGCCCAGGGGUGAAGAAGAAAUUGGGCUCUAGACGCAAAGGCAGGAGCACUGUAUGGAAAGGGGAUAGAGACCUGGGACAGGCUAAUGAAAUGGGGGUUGAAGAGGAUAGCAAAGCCUCAGCAGUACUGCAGAGAAUUCAGGAAGUUUUCCACCACUGGGACCCUGAAGAAAAGGGCUUCAUCACAUGGGACCACAUGCAGGGGCUGAGUGGUGAGCUGGGGCUCAGUGUUGAAGAACUUCGGCAGGUAUUUGACCGCCUGGACAAGGACAGAGAUGGACUUGUCACUCCUGAGGAUGUCACCGCAGGCUUCCGGGAGUUCAUGCAAUUACAGCAACCCAGGGCCAGGCCUGCUGCCGCUGUCUACCAAUCAGAUGGUUCCAUUCUGCCAGAGGAAGAGGAUGAUGGUGAAAGAAAGCUGUUCUUGUCCAAGCUGGGUGAUCUGAGAGCCUACAGCCUCCUACAGGACCAGUCAGACAUUUGGAGGUUGUGGGUAGAGCUCCAACACAAUGAACCACAUCUGCUGAACAUCCUGGAAGAUUUUGUUUCCAAUGUGACUGAGCAAAUCAAGACUGUACAGCAGGAGAAGGAUUCUCUGGAGCUGGCUUUAAAAAGGCACAUCCAGCAGCACAGCGUUGGAGUUAAGGAGCUGUAUGAGGAAAUGGAGAGGCAGAUUAGAACUGAAAAAGAAAGAAUAAAGGAAGAGAGUCUGGAGAAAAGCCGUUCACAGUUGGCCAAGCUGGAGGAGGAGCUGGACCAGAAGAACAGCCAGAUUCAGACACUGAAUGCAGUUCAGAGCCAGUUGGAGGGCCGCUUGCAUGCGCUGCAGAGACAGCAGCAGCAGACUGGUGUGGAAAAGCAGGAGCUGUUCAGGGCCAACCAGGAGCUGGAGGAGCAGCUGGAGAGGAUCCGAGCGCAGCUGCAGGAGAGCCUGAGCAAUCUGCAUGCCCUGCGCAGUGCCCACCCCCACAAGCCAACCCACCCACACCUGCUCAGUCUUACGGACAGGGCUGGACAGACUGAGGACUCCUCCAGACCAGAGGUGUUAAAUUUGGACUCGAAUGUUCAGACUGAAAAGAGAGACAUUUCCCAUGAGGCUGUGGUGCUAGAGAGAUCGGGAUCACAGCUAGAUCAUUCCUCUCCCCAGGGCAGAUGUACAGGAGCUCAAGACGAGGCACGCAGAAGAGUGAUAUCCAUAGAGGAGGAUCCCAUGCCUGACCUCCUCACUGGGGGCCAGGCCUUGCCCUACCAAAACCAAGGGGAGGCGCUGUGGGAGAAACAGAGAGGCCAGGCCUGGGGAGAGAGAGACUCACUGAGCAGUGUGAGUCACUCUCCCUCAGCGCUGGACUUGCUGUAUAACGUGGUGCUGGUGGGGAACAGCAGUGUGGGAAAAACCUGCUUCAUGAAGCGCUUCCAAAGUGGAGACUUCAAUCCUGAUCUCUGUGCUACCGUCGGCCUGGACAGCUGCAUCCAGACCAUGCAGGUGGAGGGGCGAAAAGUCAUCCUGCAGCUGUGGGACACCGCGGGACAGGAGAGGUAUCACAGCAUCACCAAGCAGAUCCUGCGCAAAGCCCAGGGACUGGUCCUCAUGUAUGACAUCACUUCCUCUGAGAGCUUCCUCGCCCUGCGCUCUUGGCUCAGCAGCAUUCAGGAAGGAGCCCCUGAUGAUGUCAUUAUUGUAUUGUUGGGCAACAAAAACGAUAGCCACAGACGAGAAGUCUCAUUGGAGGAGGGAGAGAGGCUUGCAAGGGAGUACAGUGUUCAUUUCAUGGAGUGCAGUGCGGCUACAGGUGACAAUGUGGUGCAAGCCAUGAACAACCUGGCUAGGAUGCUGAAGCAGCAGGUGGAAGAGAAGCAGGAAAGUAGCAUCACUCUUCACAAAGGCUCCCCGAAGAAGAAGUCAGGGUGUUGUGGAUGAGGCUGUAAUGGUGUCACUCAAGGAACCACCACAGAAGAAGUCGCCCUUAUGGAAAUCUAAUAUACAGUAAUAUGUUGUAAAUAUGAGGACUUCAAAAAAAUAUAUGUAUAUGAAUAUAUUUUACAAAAGUGUAUUUUAGAAAGUUUCUUAAGAUAUGCAAAUUGGCAGUAGCUUCGCGUUUUGCCCACAUAGGCCUAUUGUGAAAUGUUUCAAUAUUGUAUAUUAGAAUAUAUUUUAAUAUAUCCCAUUACCACAAGUGUUUUGUGAAGUUAAAAAAGGAUUUAUGUGCUCUGUCAUAUGAUGAAACUGCGCAACAGCUUGAGAGCUAUGCAUAAACUAUAAAAAAGAGCAGAAAACCUGAAAAAAAGGAAACGCAUUAGGAUUUACUUCAACAUGUACCCACCCAAUAAAUCAAUCACCACAUUUGCUUCAAACUCCAUUGCCUUUGCCAUAGAUUUCGAGACUUAGAUAAAUAUUUACUUUGGGGUAAAGAAUGGGGCCAGACCUUGUAGCUGAAGCCAAAUAUGUCAGAAUAAUUUUGCUCAUUAAAGUUUGUCGUCAUCAUUGUU